UUGUUGCACCUUCAUGCUCUUGCAUAAAACACGUAUAAAAUAACUAGUAACUAGCCUUAAUUAAUAUUUAAAUACGUUUCAAUAAAUCUAUAAAUACUGUCAAAAUAGGCUAAAAGAGCAGAAUUUAUAACACUUACCAAUCGAGAUUCUAAUCAAACUUUUCAAACUUUUCAAUCAAACCGUUCGAUUCACUGUGAUUAAUAUACAUUUAUCAGCAUAACAUUGCUCUCACCAUUUAAUACCACGUGGCUCUCAAUAAAACCGAGCCUUAAUUCAUUCGAUGAACUUGACAGUCCUCAAACAUGGUUUAUUUGUGUUCAUUUCACAUGCUGUUAAAAGAAUACUCAUUGAUUCAAUCAACAAGAGUAGCUGUUGUUGGGUCAUUAAACUUUGCUCACACCUGUUUUGAUAGUUUUCACUUUUCUCCGCAGGUGAUCAAACCCCGAAAAGAUGAGUCUGGAUGACACGGUGGAGGUCGAGAUUCCGCUGGUGAAAACCAUUACCAGUUUGUGCUUCCGGAAUCUUGACUACACGGUUAGUCACAGAGGAAACCGGAAGCAGUUGCUGAAGAACAUUUCCGGAACAUUCCGGUCGGGACGGUUGACCGCGGUAAUUGGACCAUCUGGUGGGGGUAAAUCGUCACUCAUGAAUGCGCUCAGUGGAUUCAAAACGCAUGGAGUCAAAGGUCGAAUUCUAGUCAACAAUGAAUCGGUCGAUCCGCAGAAAUACCGCCAGCUAGUGGCGUACACCGCCCAGGACGUUCCGCUGUUACCAAACAUCACUAUCCAGGAGACGCUGCACUACGUCGCAGACCUCAAGCUGCCAUCCGUCGUCACGAGGAUUCACAAAAUGAAAAUCGUCAACGAUAUCGUAGCGCUGUUAGGGUUGGAAAAAUGUAUCCACACUCAGGUUGCAUAUCUUUCCGGCGGCGAGAGGAAGCGUCUUUCCAUUGGUUUGGAAAUGGUUUCCAACCCGAAGAUUAUGUUCUUCGAUGAACCUACCAGUGGACUGGACAGUGUGUCCUCAUAUCAGGUGGUGUCACACUUGAAGGAACUGGCCAAGCAGGGUCGUUGUGUGGUCAGUGCCAUUCAUCAGCCGAGCUCGGAGCUGCUGGAGCUGUUCGAUGACAUUUACGUCCUGGCGGAUGGACGCUGCAUGUACCAGGGAACGCUGGUGGAUUUAAUUCCUAGUUUGGCGGAGGCCGGCUUUCUGUGUCCGCGGUAUUACAAUCCAGCGGAUUUUGCGCUAAAAAUCGCCUCUACGGUUGAGUCCGACCCAGACAAAACAAGCCAGCUGGUAAAGCGAAUGGAAUCGGUAGCGAACGAACAGGUGAAUGCCAUUCACGACGAACAGUGCAAUGGGCGGGAUAUGCUGAAGCCCGCCAAUGGUGCGAGUCCACAAUAUCCGAUCUCUCGGUUUCGCCAGUUUUUAAUUCUCACUCGGCGAACUUCGCUGGCAACGGUGAGGAAUCUCAAGCUGACCAGGUUGCGCCUAAUAGGGCACAUUAUGUUCGGAUUGAUUGUUGGAUCUGUUUUCUACGACGUGGGUGAUAAUGGGGCGAAGGUGCUGUCGAAUGUUGGCUGCCUGAUGAUGAUGCUCAUGUUUAUGGUGUUCUCCAAUGCCAUGACGGUGGUGCUAACGUUCCCAUUGGAAAUGUCGGUGUUCAUCAGAGAGCACAAAAGCAAUUGCUACUCAACGACGGCCUACUUUUUUUCGAAAAUCGUGUCAGAUUUUCCGCUGAUGUUAACCUCAGUAACCUGUUGUCAGAUCAUAACUUACUACCUGACCGGACAGCCGAAUGAAACUGAUCGAGUGGUUAUGUUCUGGGGAAUUUGUGGCCUAAUAGGAUGGACGGCACAAAUGUACGGUUUAUUUGCGGGAAGCAUUUUUCCCAUCGAUAUUAGUCCUUUUGUUGUUCCUGCUACCGUCGUUCCAAUGAUCCUAUUUAGUGGAUUUUUCAUACGAUACAGUGAGCUACUGGAUGUGUACAAACCGCUGACCUACGUGUCCCCGUUCCGGUACGGCUUCGAAGGGUUGGCACUUAGCUGCUAUGGGUUUAAUCGAACCGACCUCGGAUGCGAGGAUAUGUUCUGCUACUAUCGGAAAAGCAGGAAGGUUCUUCAGCUACUGGAGAUCGAGAAUGGUAACUACUGGCUGGAUGUGACUGGUCUGGGAAUUUGGAUUCUGGCGUUGCACGUGGCACUGUAUGUUAGCUUGCGGUGUAAACUGCGGUGGAAUAAAUGAAUGGUGAAU